GAGAAAAGCUCUGCUGGAGCCACAGGAGCUGGGCCAUGGAGCAGUACUUCUCGGCCACACAGAAGAUGGAGCAGGAGGUGAUGUUUCCCAGCCUGCUCCGAGGGGUCUUCCUGGAGCCCGACGAGGCCUCCCCCACCGCCAGUGGUCGCAAGGACCUGUACGAGCACUACCAGCUCCUGAAGUCCAUCAAGCCUGUGGUGGAGACAGGCCUGGGGUCCGUCACCGAGCACAGCCUGCCCAGCGCCAGCAUGCACAAAGCCCCAGACGAUGAUGUAGACACUGAUCUGGAAGAGCGCCUGUCCCACCACCUCAACGGCUUGCAGCAGGUGCUCACCCACCUCACCAGAGAUGCCAACGCCCUCACCCGACGGUACAGCCAAAUCCUCGAGCAGAUCAACCUCAGUGAUGGGCAGCCCAGCUGGUGAACCUGACCCUGGCCUCCAUAAGGCAAAGUCGCCCACUGCGCACCAAGGCAGCUGCCCUGUGAGCUGGUACUGU